AUGGGGCAUCCAGGGAUCAUCCCAGCGGCCGACGGGGCACAAAACUCUGCCCACGUGCCCACCCACCCCAUGCCUGUCGCACCAUCCGUCCUCGUUCUCGCGGACAGGAUCCAACGGCCUUCAGAUUUCCGGGAGCGAUCGAAAGUUGAGUGGGCUGGAGGGAAAUGCGUGCGGAUCGUCGAAACUCUCAGCUUUUUGAGCCUGAGAGGGGCCCACAAGAUCAUCUGGACAGACCUCCCCUCGACUCGGUACAGAAUUGUUGCUUAUGACAAUGGGGUCCUGGCGGUAGCCAUCAAGACCUACUUUGGCUCGGUCCGUUGUUUUCACGGCUCAGGGCAGCUGGGCGACAUCUCGGCCUGCCGGGGGCGCUGCUCGGGCCGCCUGCCCGCCCAGGAUGCCGUUCUCAACGCCUGUUAUCGGGGCUGCCGGCUGUUUUCCAUCUGUCAUUUCGUGGACGCCACGGCCAAGCUGAACACAACUAGAGCCGAGUGCGAAUCGGCCUGCCUGGAGGCAUACGCCGGAGGCGAAGAGCAAUUCGGUUGCGUGACGGGUUGCCGGACUCAGUUGCCAGAAACGGAAAGCAGACCAGAACAGCUCCAGGGCCCGAAAGCCACCUCCUUCUCGGUCUUCGACCUGGUCUCCAACUUCUGCAACGAUCUCGUCAGCUCGGCCCAGAGUUUCAUGUCCUCCACAUGGACCUUCUACCUCCAGGCAGACGACGGGAAAGUGGUGGUGUUCCAGUCUCAGCCGGAGAUUGAAUAUCCCGUUCCGGAAGUCCAGGCACCCAAAUCGGAGGUUUCCGAGAAGGUCUGGACCGAUGCAGCCUCCAACACCCUGAAGCCCCACACAGGCUUCCGGGAGAAACUGGAACGGCCUCCGGUGGGGGAGCUAAAUCCCGGAGUCGCCGCCGAUGUCCCUCCCCCGGCCGAAACCCAGGCGCCUCCGGAACAUGAUUUCCUCGGCUGCAUGUCCAACCACUUAGAAGCUUCCUCUGGCAUUCCAACGGCCAGCCGUAACCUCGUCGUCUCUCUUUGGCGGGGGGCAUCCGGGUGUUACAGGCGUUCGGGGCUGCCCCGCUGGAUCCUGGCUGCCUGCCUUUUCCUCUCCGUCGUGGUGAUGCUUUGGCUGAGCUGUGCCAGCCUGGUGACUGCGCCGGAUCAGCACGUCAAGGCUCAGCCCCUGAGCAUCAAUGGAGACAGAGAGUAUCUGGAAGACCUGGACGGCCCCGUGCCGUAUUCCUUGCGCCCUCUCAUCGCAGUGGCCAUCUGCCCAGCCGACGAGACCGAGGAGGAAGUGGGCAUCCUGCCGGUCAAAGUGGAUUUGGACAAAACGGCACUCUGAGAGCUCCCUCCCUCUCGCCCUGACAUCUCCCACCCAACCCCUCCAUAAUUUCCUCACCAUGACGUGUCCCCUCACGCGCGCCCCACACAUUUCCCCUUGAUCGCAUCCUGUCUUCCCAUCGGCAACCCCAUUUCGGAGGAACCCAAUGGGUUAAACAGUAGCACCUUCAUAUCGGCAGGGGAUUGGUUCCAAGCACCCACCCCUCCACGGAUGCUGGAAAAUAUGGAUAGUAGCAAAGACUAUUUUAAAAGUCAACAGCACGGUUUCUGUCUCCCUCUAAGGUCCAGUUCUGGUCACUUCAUCUUUAGAAAUACUUUUCUCUUGGAUUUUUCUUUC